GUGGUCGGUGUGGAUAUCUGGAGCAGCAACAACAUCCACCUUGGAAGGAAAACCUCCGACUCCAACUCCCCCGGGCAGCCCGGAGAGGAACCACCGUUUCCCCACACGUCGUCUCCCGACGUCCCGCGGGUUUCCCGGGCGAAGCGGAGCUUCGGGCCAGAAACGAGGGUUGAAUCUGAGACGAUGUUGGACUUUAUUCUCGCAGCGAGCUGGUUAGCUCGUCCACGGGGGUAAGGUUUCCUGGCGGGUAUUGAGAGCAAAGUUCAUGCCCUGUCCCUCUCAUUCAUCCUUGCCCGGAGCUGAGCGAUGACCCCGAACAUGGCGAGCUGCAGAAAUACCACCUUUAAGUGUGUGGACUGGCAGCCUGCCCUGCUGGUGUACCCGAGAUAAACACUGGACUGGAAUGGCCCGGGAGAGUAUCUGAUCUGCAUGUGUCUGCUACUGCUGCAGCCACCGUCAUCCAGUGAAGAUCAACACAUCACAUGGACUUGUGCUGGGUGUAAAAGCUGCCAGGAUCGUCUCACUCACAUCCCAGCCCUGACCUGAGCACCUGCAGGUCCCCAGGAGCCUGUUGGAGGGGCCAACAUGUCAAUGUCAGGGGCCACGACCCUGCAGCUGUUCACCAAGCUGGUCAGGCACGCAGUGGGGAAGAUGCAGAUUCAGCUGAACCGGUGGCUGCAGAGAACUGCCACGGAGGACUGUGACAAGAUUGACAUCCUGAUAUGCAGCGCCUUCGAUGAGAGAGCUGCUGGCAUCGGCAAGACUGAUGGAGACCCCGAGGUCGUGGCUGACACCGGGGGAACGACCUUCACCGGGGGAGAGUUCAGACAUCCGUGCUGCAUCACCACCUUCUGCUUCAAGAGCGCCCUGCUGGCGUGCAUCCUGACCGCCGUGUGCUUCUCCUCCGUCGCCCUUGUACGCCAGUACCUGAAGGACCUGCUGAUCUGGGUGGAGAGCUUGGACAGCUUUGUCGGAGCCAUGCUGUUCAUAGUCGGUUUAAUUACAGUGUCGUUUCCCUGCGGCUGGGGAUAUAUUGUUCUUAAUGUGGCAGCUGGCUACCUCUAUGGAUUUGUGCUGGGCAUGGGACUGGUCAUGGUGGGAGUUUUAAUAGGGACCUUCGUGGCGCACCUGGUGUGCAAGCGGUUAUUGACUGACUGGGUGCUGAACAAAGUGGGAAACAGCGAACAGCUCAGUGCUGUCAUACGAGUGGUGGAAGGAGGAAGUGGACUCAAAAUUGUGGCCUUAGCGAGACUCACGCCCAUACCAUUUGGGCUCCAAAAUGCAGUUUUCUCUAUCACAGAUGUGUCCUUGCCAAACUACCUGGUGGCCUCCUCUGUGGGUCUGUUGCCCACGCAGCUCCUCAACUCCUACCUGGGCACCACGCUUCGCACCAUGGAGGACGUCAUCGCUGAGCAGAGCGUUAGCGGCUACUUUGUAUUUAGCCUGCAGAUCGUCAUCAGCAUCGGCUUGAUGUUCUACGUUGUGCACCGGGCUCAGGUCGAGCUCAACGCCGCCAUCGCCGCCUGCCAGAUGGAGCUGAAGUCUUCGCACAUGAACGGCUCCUCCACGAAUCACAGUGGCUUCACCUACUGCAGCAAGAGGGCGACCGCUGGCGGCGGGAACUGCGUCAACGUGGUGUGACCUCAAGUGACUGCAUGUGCUGCUAGCUCUUGGUCACCGACUCGUAAGACUGCAGAAGUCAAGGCAACCUACUGCGUUCAGAUGAUGUCCAGGUCAUAGUCAUGGGGUAGAUUAUUAUUUUCAUCAUGACAUCGUGUUAGGACCACCGUGUGGCAGGAAAAACCCUGAAAGCGUCUUUGUUCUGUAGAUGUUGUGUUAGAGAUGGGGGACCAUGCACCUUUAGAGGAACGGUGCUCAAGAGAAUUGUUUUGCGGUAUGUUGAGGAUUUUUUUUUUUCCCUUUUUGUGUUGGUGGUACUUCUAAACAUCUAAUGUUACAGGAAGUGUUAAUGAAAUUAUGCUGUUUAAAAUAUCAGAGGUGACAUAACACAUGGCUAGGCGUUAACUGCCUGCCGUCAUUAUGAAUGUGCAAUCUGGAGCCUUCUUGAGAACCAAGGAAUUGAUUUAUUUUUUCCUUUUUCCAAGUCAAAGGAAUGCCAACCUAUGCACCUUUAUUUCUUAUGCUUUCUGUUUUUAUUUCAUGUCAGGUACUUCUGUCUUUAACCAGUGCUCAUUUGCAGUAUAAAUAUAAGGGCAUUAUUAAUAUUGUUUUGAUGAUCUGGCUUUUUAUUGUUUUUAUCAUCAUUUCUUUUUCCAAGUGUCUUAGUUUUGGACGACAGAUGAAGGGUUGAAAGCUGUCAAUAAACCUUUCAGACUGUGUGAUUUCUCACGCAGAGAUCGUGUUGUGCAGUCUCGAUGAAAGCAGGCGUGUUUUACAGCGAGAGAACUCAGGAACGUUUGUGCCAGGAAGUUUUAGCGUGGAGUGCAGCGUGAUGAGCUCCCCGCAGGCGGAGCCACGCCUCCUGCUGAGGAACAAUUCCCACACUGAAGUGAGAUGCCAAUUUUUCCUGUUAAAACACAAUUUAUUCACACUGAUUCUUUUUUUUAUUUUUUUUUAACAUUUUUCUCUGUGCGGCUGUGAAAUGAUCCAUAUCGGAUUCUUUCUUUCGUUUUUUGUUCGAAUUCGACAACUCGGUGCAAUAUAUCAUGAAGCGGUGAUGAGCGGGACAUGAAUGUUGUUUGCUGAAACCAAACUAAUCAGAAAUGCUCUCGCGCAUAAAAGAGAUAAUAAAAUAACACAAACCUAAGUCAGUGUUUUCAUUAGGUUUUAUUUGUAGAUGAGUCGUUUAGAUUGUGAUAAAGAGGCUUUUAUUUUUAUGUGCCAUAAUAUGAAUUAAAAAAUAAUGACUUUCUUUAUAUUAUUACUCUUGUUGUUGGAAAUGACACACCUGACCUGUGAACAGUUUCUGCGUUUAAGCUUUUAAUACAACAACAACAAAGUUGUCAUGCUGUUUGUUCUUUUUGCACAGACUUUAUUAUCAGCCAAUAAAUUCAACUCAGAAGGGGUUUGGUUGCUCUAAAGUAGAUCUAAAUGCGUCUCAGAAGCUGACAAUCAAACAUGGACACUGUAAUGAAUGUGAUACUGAUUUUUAUGUUUGCAUUUAUUGUGAUGCUGCUCCUCAAGGUGUCGUUGAGGAAUACCAAGGGCUCUUACAGCGUGAAACAUCCAUCUUUAUGUUCCCUCAAACCUGUUCUGUAACGUUGGGCAGAACAUUGUUGGUUUCCACUUCACUAUUGCCGCAAACUUCUUUUCUAAAUGCCAGAGUUGAUGUUUAUCCGGACACAUUCCACGCCGUCAGUCCUCUGACGAGCUGUUGGUUCUUUCCACGCUAAGUGACGUUUGAAAGGAUCUGCGUGUUUGAAUUUAGCAAUAAUGUUUGGCGGUCAAAAGCAGAAAAGAUGAAACAUAAGAAUCCCGUGUUUGAGAUCUUUGGACAAGGGUUUAGUCACAGUUUUGAAGAUGUGUUUCUUAGAAAAACAAGAAGUCUUCAUUGAGUCGUAGAUUGAUGCGUAUUUCACUGUAGGGUCGCCGUCCCCAGGUUAGCAUCACAGUGUUCAGUCUGCCUUUUACCUGCUGCCUCGGACGUGACGAGAGCAGCCCGCUCCGUUUUUUUUAAGCACUUUGUUUAAAGUCCCUCAAAUGAUCAAUGCUUAAAGGUGUUUAGGAAGUAACUUCUCACUUGCAUGAACAGUUUUAACAUCAAAACAACUUUUCAGUUUCUGACUCAAAUAGUUUAGAGAGACGGUCACUAUUUCACUAUUCUCAGCUCUUCAGCGACGUGGGAAAGAUUAUUCUUUAUUUUUUCCUGUUUGUGAUGAAUGAACACAACCUUUCAGACAUUCUGCUCACACGUGGAACCAUGUUUAAAGCAAAAAUUGAACACAUUAAACUUUGUUGGCCUCUCGGGAGACAUUUGGUGAUAUUUUAGUCUCAACUGGGACUAUAAAAACUUGGAAUUAUGGGAUUAUAAACUAUUUACAUUAAAGGCUUUGGUUCUUCCUUGGUGGGCUCUAUUUUAUUUAGAUAUAGUUAUGCAAAAACUGAUUCCUAAGGGAAGUAUAUUUCAUAGGCACACGUGGAGCUGGGCUGUGAUUGCUGGCCUGUUGAAGAGCCGAGGGGCCGGAGGGUCAACGUGAGGUUACGUUCAGUGCUAUGAAAUGCAAUACUUCCCCAACUGUUUCAAGUGCAUUACACAUAAGCUGUAUUUUGUAAUACAGAGAGUUUUACAGUGCAUAAAUAUUAUUUAUCACUGUACGAUGCUUGUUCAUGUUAUUUAUGAAAGAGGAAAAUAAAAACUUGUCAGAAU